AUGAAUGAAGAAUUAUUGAAGAGUGCUGUUAGCUUCUUGAAAGAUCCUAAUGUCACCUCAUCUCCUUUGAAUAAGAAAAUAGAGUUCUUGCAAUCUAAAGGUCUUAAUGAAGAAGAAAUUGAAGAAGCCUUAAAUAGGGCAAACAACCAAAAUCAAAGUGUUUCAAGUUCUCAACCUAAUACUCAACAAGUGCAAGCCAAUUAUCCACCUAUAGACUAUUAUAACGUUGCUCCACCAGUUCCUGAAAGAUCAUGGAAAGAUUACUUCAUAAUGGCCACAGCCACUGUUGGGGUUUCUUACGGUAUAUAUCAAGUUGUAUCCAAAUAUCUCAUUCCUAGUAUAAUCCCACCAUCACAAAGUGUAAUUGAUGAAGAUAAACAAAAAAUUGAUGAAGAGUUCCUCAAAAUUGAUAAGUUGUUGGACCAAUUAUCCAUCGAACAAAAAGAAAUCAAACAAGCUAAUGAUGAAAAGUUAACUGAAAUCGAUACUGUUAUCAAUAAUGUCAAUGAUUUCUUGAGUAAAUACAACAAAGAUAAGUUAACUUUUGAUGAUGAUUUAAGAUUAAUGAAAUUAGAAAUUGACAAUUUGAAGAACUCAGUUGAAAAAAACUUGAAUUUGACCAAAAAUAAUUUGAAGGAUGAUUUGUCUGACAUAAAUGAAGAAUUGGUAAGUUUGAAAAAUUUGAUCAAAUUAAGAUCCUCCAAAGAAACAGAGAGAAAAUUAGCUCCUGUAAGUUCAAUUCCUUCAGCUUCUGAGAUUUUAAAGAAAUCCAAAAAACCUACCUCCAAUGGCACAAGUCCUAAUGGUUCAACUCAAUCAACUACCGCAUCAACACCAGCUCCUUCCACUCCAGUUCCUGCUUCUGUGCAAGCUGAACCGGUAGAAGAAGAAAAAUCCACCACUUCCGUCGAGUCCAAGGAACAAGGUGUGAGAUUCUCAGGUAUCACUGAACCAUCUUCAGCUGGUGGAGUCACUGCUGCAGGAAUUCCAGAAUGGCAAAUGAAGCAUAAAUUAGCUGAAGAGAAUAAAGAGAAAUUCGUUCAAGAAUCUAUCAAUAAGGUUGGUGUUCCAGCUUGGCAAUUGAAUCAAUCUACAUAG